AUGGGAAAACGAAACAACAAGAAUGGCAGCCAGAAAAAGGCUGGCAAUGAUACCAGCAACGAUGCAAAAUUAGCUUUCACCCAGGAGACACCUGUCAAGGGGACAACUGCAGGGAGCGCAACUACCGAGGAGACACCUGUCAUGGAGACAAUUGCAGAGGGCAUAACUACCCAGGAGACACCCAGUCAAGAAACGGAUUCGAAUGCAUUGCGAAGUGAAAUGCGACGUCUAGAGGAUAAGCUCAAGGAUACACAGGAUGCACUCAGAAAUACACGUGAACAAUCAAAAGUCGAAAUCUCUGGAUUAAACCUUGGAGAAUAUGGAGAUGAUGUGUUGAAUUAUGAGGGUGGGAUCAGGGUCUCGAAGAUAGAGAAGGAGAAGCUACAAGCAACAGUAAAGGAGCUCAAGUCUGUCAUACAAACUGGAUGUAUCACUACGGAAGUAUUGAAGCAAGAUUUCGACAAGGAACGAUUGACCCAUCUAAGCGAGGUGGAAAGGCUAACAGCAACGAUACUCGAACUGCAGCGAAAGAACAUGUCUAAAGAUAUUGAAGUAAAACCAGAGCCUUCAAACAUCGAAAAAAGUAUUCCUAGUGCUUCUACAGACAAGGCGAAUGCCGAUUAUCUAGCCGUUCUCUCUCUGUCACUCACCCAAAACGAUGUCGGCAUUCUGACAGGGUUUUACUUCAAUACAGAUAACGGCGUGACGUCAGUGGGGGACUACAGAGUUCUUGUCAGAAAGUGGCAGACUUCGUAUUCAUAUCUGGAAACCAUCGAAAUCUUGCAAGCAACUUACUGCCAGUCUGAGUAUCAAUAUAAGAUGGGCUGUAAGAAGCACGAAGAGAUUACAAGUCUCAGGAACGAAUUAUCGGCACCGAAAAUAGAAACGAUAAACUGCCAGGAAAAGUUGAUAGCAUCUCAUGGCAAGUUAAUAGAUGGUAUGAAAGAAGAAGCGAAUAUAAAGCGCACGGAAGAAAAAAUCAAGCAAGACAAGCUCAAAGACGCUCACCAGAAGGCUAUUGAGUCCCUGCAUGCGAGUUACAAAGCUCAAAUCAUGAAACUCGAGACAGAUAUCAACGCUCUGAAUAAAAACUGCGAAACUCGAAUCAUGGAAGUCGAGAAGGAGCAUCUUCCGUAUCGCGAUCUUGCUGAAAGUGUCCUGGCUCGCGAGUUUGAGUGGUGUAAGCAUCCCAGAGCACGCAACGAGGAGAUCAUAGAUCAGGGAAAUCUUGCUGCACAUGGUGGAAACUGUCUUGCUGUAUUGAGAAGGACAGAAUUAAGUCCAACUGAUGGAGACGACGAAUGGUUUAGGCUCUGGUACGGUAUUAGCAUUGAGACCUUCGCCAAGCACAAGGACUCUCCAAGAAUACAAAAGCUUCUUGACAUGCGAUAUGAAAUGAAGAAGUUCAAGACUGUCCACCUUUUCGGUACAGCUUUUGAGCGGAAUUUUCAGAAGACCAUGUGGACUAUCGAAGGAAUGGAAGAGCGCCAACUACUUACGUCAUCUCAAAGUCAUGUCGAUGGAGAUGAAAGUUUAGAAUCUACCUCGGAUCCUAUCUUCUUGUCGAUAUGUUCUGAGUACAAUGAAACUGCAGAAUACGAGAAAAGGCGCCGAAAAUCGGAUUGUUAUAUGAAACUCGGACAUAACGGUCAAAACAUGGGGGAUUCGAUCGUGGACCGAACAAUUUAUUAG